UUCCUGUGUCAAAGUGCAGCACAUACAAAACCCUGCAGGACUGUUGGUCUGCACAGGAUCCAUACUGUGUCUGGUGUGGCUCCAAAAACAGCUGUACAUUUGAAGAAGACUGCCAAGAUUCAGACUGGUUGUCCAUUCCUGAUGAUUCUCAGCAGAACAAAAUGGUUUCCUACAAAGUUGCACAGGACCAGACCGGGCAGAUCACACUCAACAUCCAGAUGCAUGUGACUGUGGGCAAAGACGCAUCCUCUAACUUCGCCUGUCAGUUCUCUCCAAGUUCCAGUGAACGUUUUGAAAUGGAACAGCUUCCGCCAAAGUUCCCACAUUGUACCUCCAUCCUUAAAGACAGCACACUUCCUGCUAGAGGACUGCCUGUAACCAUUAAGAUUAGACUUGGAACAACUUCUGUGGAAGAAAGGCUGAACUUACUAAACUGCACAAACAUCAGGGGACCACCAACAUCUGUCCUGUGUAGAAAGUGUAUCAUGGCUGGAUGUGGCUGGACUGCAAACGGCUGCUCUUGGGCAAAAGAAGGCGUGGGGAAUGACAGUGUUUGCCAAAAGAUGGAGUCAUGGAUGAACUUUUCUAGACCAGAGAUCUCCUCCAUCACUCCCAGUGUUGUGUCUUUCUACGGCAGGAACCACGCUGUGUUGUUCGGUAGUAACCUUAGUUCUGUAAUCGGAGUGAGGAUCCAGGCAGCCAUGGACUGCACACCUCAAGAGUCUCCUGUUUGGAACAACACUGGUAAACAUCUGACGUUCCACAUUUCCAGUGCAGAAAAUAAAGGUGUGGUCACAGUGUGCGUUCUACUCCCGGAUGGUAGUUGUCAUGGCAGUGCCAAAAUCACCUACCGCUCAGCACCAUCCUGCAGCAGCAUUUCACCCAACAGCAGCUGGGCCAGUGGGCAAAGGAAGAUCACAAUCCAGGGUUCCCUCCUGGAGUUUGUGGAAAUUAUCCAACACAGCGGAGCCCCACAGGAGGUCACACUUUCAGGAAACAUCAACUAUGAGCCUCUUCAGAAUCUCACCUAUCACUCACCUGCAGCUGGAAAUACUCGAGGGACUUUUUCCAGCACUUUGUACCUGAAAGUAGCCAAUAAGAGCUUAGCCUGUUCCACAGGAAUAACCUACUAUCCAGACCCUGACUUUACAACCUUCUCUUCCACAAAGACGGGGUACGAUGUCCGCAUCACCAUACAGAAAAAGGCAGACAAACUAGGGAUGACCAAAGAAGAGCUUUCAGUGUGGGGUAUUCAUGAAGGAAAACCGCACCCCUGCAUCAUGACAGAAAAAGACACACAUGAAGAGACUGAUUAUUUCCUCUGUGAGAUUCAAGGCACACCCAUCACUGAAUUUGAGGAGAUAAUGAUACAGUAUGGAGACCAAACAGUAAACCUUAAACUUUCAUUGCAUUUGUUUGUUGUGAUGCUGCUACGCUUUCUGCUAAUUCCUUUCAUUGUUGUAGCUGUUGUGAUCAUCUGUUGGUGGCAUCACAAAAAGCACACUCCAAAGAUGAACAAGGUCGGGGAAGAUCUGGAGCUCAGACAAGACUUCCGGGAAGCAUCCACCGGUGUAUCUUUGCUCUGAGCUCCUCAAGAACCCCCCCUCUCUCCUCAGUCCUCAUCUUCUCCUGGUACUUUGAAGAAAUGAAAAGAUCCACCAUCAUGGCGGAGGGAAAAAGAUUUGUGGGUCAGCAAGAAGGAAGAGAGGAGAAAAGGAUCUGUAAAGAAUGUAGUGAGAAGCACGCUCAGUGAUGUGUGCCUCAUGCCUGUUUUGAUGGCUUGCUUUGGAUCACUUUCUGUUUUGUUUUUUAGAACGCCGGUGUAAUCUGCAGUUUUUUGUCUUGAUAUUUGUCUUAACAGCCUGACUUCAGAUGAAAUAUCCAACUGAUAAUAUAACAUCACACUGAACAACAUUCAGUUGGACCCACUUUUACUGUAUAGAAACGUAUACAUGGUCUAAGUCAUGCCCAAGGACUAGUUUCUCAGAUGGGGUGUCUUAUUCAGAUAUCAACAAAGAAGGUCCUUAGAUUUCUUGCUCUAACUAUGAUGCUUAUCUACAAACCAAACAAGACGUUUUGUUGCCUCCACCUGUUUGAAUAGGGAUUUACUCAAGCUCAAUAAAAUAUUUUAAUAUUUUGA